AUGGAGAGCUCUACGGCAGAUCGUCGUACAUUGCUGGUCGCUCUCUUAUCCCUAGGCUUUGCAGCUCAGGCUGAGGCCAAGACAGCUGCUGCACCAGCUAAGAGGGAUGCGUACGAGGAGUUGCAGGAGAUUGUCAAGGGCCGUGGCGGGUCAACAUCACUCCUGAAGUCCUUCAAGCCGGAAGCUGUCCAGAAGACAGUGCAGAAGGGCAUUGUUGCCCCCCUCACGAGCUCGCCACAGAAGGCCGCCCUUGCGAAGCCGGCUGUCGCUGCAGGCUCAGGCGGACCCAGCGCGGAGGUCUUGGGCGGGCUUGGGCUGCUGGGCCUGAUUGGGGCAGUCACAGCCAGCAACAGUGGCAAGUCCAAGGCGCCGGCAGCUGGCAAGAAACCUGCACUGGGCACGCAGCGGAUCAGCGCGGCACCGGCGCCGGCGAAGCAGGCCGCGCGCAAGGUGGCAUCCGCGGGCACCAAGGUGCUCCGAACGCCUGCGCCAGUCAAGCAGGUGAAGAAGGCGGCGUCCAAGGCGCAGGCGGCCGCAAAGCCGUCCGGCGGCCUCUUCGGCACCCGCAAAGUGGGUCCUGCCUCAGGCACAACCAAGCUUGCCAACAAGGCCGCGGCACCAGCGCAGAAGGCGAAGCAGACCGCCCAGAAGGCGACCCGGCAGGCGACCAAGCAGGCGACGCGCAAGGUGCAGCAGGGGGCAGGCUCUGUCAAGGAGCUCCUCAAUGAGGACACCAGCAGCACCAUCGGCGCCGCUGGCAUUUUCGGCCUCGCCGUGGUGGUGGCUGGCGCGCUCGUCCUGGGAUCACCCAAGCCGGCACCCAAGCCGGCCGUGGCGGCACCGAAGGAAUUGGCGCCCCGGCCGGUGAAGCGCGCACAGGAGACUGUACAGGCCGUUUUGAAAGAGGCCCCCAAGGUGGCUGACAAGGUCAAGCCGCCUAGCCUGCCCACUACCCCACCGCCGCCUCCAGUUACAGCUGAAAAGCCCAAGGUGCCUUCUGGGCCGGAUCUGAUCCCGGACGCCGUGAAGAAGCCGCAGACGCCAUCCACGCCGCCACCAACCUUCCCUAAGCCGAGCACCCCCUCCGGCCCCACCCUGCGCCCCCCACCCCCGGCAUCAACCCAGGCCAAGGCACCCUCCGUAGUGAACCCGGCAGCGGCGGUGGCAGCGGCGCCCGCAGCGCCCUCGCCUGCAACCUACGGCAUUCUGGCUCUCGCGGUGGCGGGCCUCGCAGGAGCCGCAGUGGCCACCUCGAAGAAGGACGGAGAGGAGGCCGCACCGGCCGCACCGGCCGCUGCGCCCACCACAGCCGCCAGCUCAGCGCCAGAUGAGAACACACCAGAGGCGCUCGCCCAGAGAAAGGCAGAGGUGCGGAAAUGGAUUGAUGACUGGAGGGCGAAGCAGAAGUAG